AUGGAGAAUUGGGAUUUUAGUGAUCUGGCUCUGGAGCUGUCGGAUCUUGAAGUAGCCCUUUUCCUUUGUCUUGUCGCCCGUGAGCAUUGUCUCAUUGAAACGACCGACGACUGCAUCCAUGACGUUGCCAAAGAACUCGCAUUGAUAUGCUCUCACACAUUUGGUCUUUCUUAUAAAAUUCUGGAUUGCUCUUCUGCUACAUCUUUUGACGAUUUUUGCAAUGAGGUUCUCGCACUGGAUGUCCGCAAAGACCAUAUCCCCUCCUUGGACCGCAAGGAUGUGGCCAACGUUGUCAUAGCCAAAAACUUCGAUCAGGCCAAUGAUUUUAUCCAGGUUCAGGCACUUGAAUUGAUGCGCUCAAAGAAGCUUGUCGUUCCGGACGGUGUCCUCACUGCUCCCACGGAUUUUCUCAUAGUUCCCCUUGUGGUACACAGCUCUGAUCAGCUUCAGCUACGUUUUAAUAUGCAUUUGAAUGAGCAUCUCUUUAUUUCCCAUUUUCACGGGCCUGGCGAUGGGUAUGCACAUCUAGAAGAUGGUAACGGAUGGCUCUCGGAUGGCCAGAUGUCAGCAUCAUCUGUCGUUCAUAAACCGGAAACUCAGGGACAAAAGAGCUCUGGUAGAGUUGAUCAAGAGCUCCUGGAUAGGUUUAGAGAGACAACUGAUUCGGUCACGUUUAGUGCAGACGUGUUCCGCUAUCAGCAAGAUAUUGUCAUAUUUCUGCGACUCAGUCGCGCAGUUGCGGGUGGAAUAUCUGCGAAAGUAAACAGUCACUUUACGCAAUUUUCUAAACUUCUUGCCUCGUUACAUGGACUUGACUACCUUACUCCUUCGAUUGUGGCAUUGGCUGCGAGGAAAGUCUUUCGCCAUCAAAUAAUAGUGGCAAGGCCUGAGGAUGAUCGCAGCUUGGAAUAUGGCAGCGAUUAUGAGGCUGUAUCUCAGGUGUUGAUUCACGUUAAUCCUGAGACGAUAUUGGACAGUGUCCUCGCUCUCGAGGCUCCUUUAUAA